AUGAAGCUCAGCGCCGGGCUCCUAGCUGUCCUCGUCGGCUGUGCUGCCGCAUCGCAGCCGCAUGCUGAGGUCUUUAUUCUACCCGCCAUCGAUACAUCAUCUCCGCCAGCCAUCACCCCCAGCCUCGCCAGGCUACUGCUUCUUCAGCGAUUAGCCUCAAGUGGUCAAGAGCCGUCACUGCAGGAUGUUCCUAAUGGCGUCGACUCGGAAAAUGCUGUCUCGCUUCUGAAUCGGUUCGGGAAAUCGAUACCACCACUUUUCUCAGGCGCGAAGACCUCCCGGCCGAGCCAGCUCGUCUUGAUGCUCGAGAACAUGAAUAAGGAACAAAUGGGCGAGCUGCGUAAAGCACUCGGUAUGAGUCCGGCACUUACGAUCGCCGAUCCGCCUGCCGAUACAUCACAUAAAGAUCUGGUAGAGCUGGAUCUUUACAGAGUCGGUGCGCUAGACGGGAAUAAGUGCUCUGUUCAACAGGUCGCAAAUCCACUGGAGAACUGCUGGGGCGGGAAGCAUUCCGCCGUGGCAAGAUAUAGAAUCUCCGAGGACCCUGAAGUUCUUCAGCAGCUUGCCAAGCAGUUGAAGCAACUUGUCCAGCUUUCCAAGUAUGGCGAUCUUCAAACAACAAUCGUUGCACUGCCUGGUUCAAAGGGUUCUGGCAAGUGGACGGAUGAACAACAAGAGUUGCGCCGCCGUCAGGCAGAGCAAGUCAUAUCUGCGAUCAACCAGACAGCGAAGCACCCACAAACAGCCUCCUCUGUUAAAGCAGAACCUGUUUCCUACCCCUCAAGUGGUCGGGUUCAGUCAUGUUACGAUUCAGAAGCAGCUUGCAAUGAAGCAACCCGCAAUUGCACCGGACAUGGUAGCUGCAUGGACAAAUUUGCCAGCGGCGGCGGCGGCAAAGCCAAAGACAAGGUCGCUUGCUUCUCUUGCCACUGCCAGGCUACACGAAGCGAGAAAGGGAGCCUGACACACUGGGGUGGCGCCUCGUGCGCGAAGCAGGAUGUCAGCGUUCCGUUUUGGCUCUUUGCCGGCUUCACGGUGGCCAUGAUUGGCAUCGUAUCCAUGUCCAUCAGGUUACUGUUCAAUGUCGGAGAGGAAAAACUGCCUGGUGUGAUUGGCGCCGGUGUUUCCCGGUCAAAAUAG